AAUACAUGUAACUUGUUUUAUUUUCUUCAUUCAUUUUGACCUAGUCAAUUUUUGUCCAGCUAGAGUAUUUGGUUUGCUUAAUAAAACCACGAGAUAUUUCCGAAUAGAUACGAUAACCAUGCCUUGCCCCGCACUAGAAGAGUUUCAAAUCGGUUGGAUAUGUGCCCUCCCUAUUGAAAUGGCGGCGGCAACUGAGAUGCUCGAUGAGAACUUCGGCACCCUCCAGGAGCAGGAUAGCGCAGAUACGAAUUCAUACACCCUGGGAAAGAUUGGUGUACACUAUGUUGUCAUUGCUUGUCUGCCACACGGGCGGUAUGGGAUAAGUUCGGCUGCCACGGUCGCAAAUAACAUGGUCCGGACAUUUUCCAUGUCACUAAGGGUCGGGUUGGUUGUUGGAGUCGGCGGAGGAAUUCCAUCAGCAACACAUGAUAUACGGCUUGGUGACAUUGUUGUCAGUUAUCCCGAGGACACUUGUGGUGGCGUCCUUCAGUACGAUAUAGGGAAGCUCGAAGCAGGUCGGGGGUUCUGCAGAAAAGGAAGUCUAAAUAGCCCUCCACCAGCUUUAUUGACUGCAGUUAGCAGUAUGAGGGGGGUGAUGUUGACUGAUGAUCCUCGUUAUCCGGGGUACAUGGAAAAGACGAUCAACAGAACUGAACAACUACGAAAGAUUUUCAAUCGUCCUGAACCACGAAGUGAUCGGUUAUUCAAAAUAAAUAACGAUCAUCCUGCUUCCGCUACUGACUGUAAUUGGUCUUCAGUAGAACGGGAGGAGAUAAGGCCUGAACGCGGGGAGAACGAUCCGCUACCACAUUAUGGGAUCAUCGCAUCGGGGGAUGCUGAUAUAAAGCGUGGGUCGACAAGGGAGCAGCUGCGUCAAGAGACUCGCGCACUAUGCGUUGAAACGCAAGCAGCAGGUGUAAUGCGCGCCUUUCCUUGUCUAGUUAUCUGCGGGAUCUGCGAUUAUGCCGAUGAGCACAAGAAUACACAUUGGCAAGGCUAUGCUGCGCUGGCAGCCGCUGCAUAUGCGAAAGAACUGCUUGGAUAUAUGCCGCGGGGACAAGUUUCCGGUCAUAAUUCAGCGCAGGAGGUGUGCAAAAUGGUAAGUGAGCUCGAAAGUAUGCAAGGUGAGCUGGAAAGAAUGUUUGAUCAAUUAAAACAUCACCAUCGCGAGUACAUAUCGGUUCAUUUGGCAGAGCAACAACAGCGCUGUCACCAAGCGUUCAAGACAUCAGCAUAUGAACAGUUCAAGAACAUCAAUCCUGACCGAGUAGAAGGAACGUGCCAAUGGGUGUUGAAGGACGAACGAUAUCUUCGUUGGCUUGGGAGUAAAUGCAAUGAUCUCCUAUUGAUAUCAGCUGAUCCCGGUUGCGGAAAGUCAGUUCUGGCCAGGUCGUUGAUCGAGGAUGACUUCAAGCGUUCAGAGUCGACGGUAUCUGUUUGUUACUUCUUCUUCAAGGAUAACGAUAAACAAAACAACCUUUCCAGUGCGCUAUGUGCUGUCCUCCAUCAGCUGUUCGAACAACAGCCGGAGCUACUGCGGCAUGCUUUGCCGUAUUGGAAGAAAAACGGGACUAGAAUCCAACAAGAAGUCGAUCAACUCUGGCGCAUACUUCUCGAGGCGACAUCUGAUCCAGCAUGUUCCGGCGCUAUCAUCUGCGUGUUCGAUGCGCUUGAUGAAUGCCAUAACGCUGAUCAAAGUCGCCUAAUUCAAAAGCUCAAGGACUUCUACCAUAGUGCCGCUUCCUCGCCCCAAGAAUUGCAACUAAAAUUCCUGGUUACCACUCGCCCAUACGAUAGGAUCCUAGAAAGCUUCCGAUCUGUAACGAUUGCUUUCCCUGAUAUCCACCUUCGUGGUGAGAUGGAGAACGACCAGAUCCAUCACGAAAUCAAUCUCGUGAUAAAAUUAAGGGUGGAAGAAUUGGCCACGACAUUAUCUCUGCGACACGAUGUGGCACAAAGUAUUGAGAAACGGCUCCUUGGAAUGGAACACCGGACAUAUCUGUGGCUAUGCUCAGCUAUGGACGACAUUUGCGCUACUUUCCGAAAUAGCCUUCGGCCAGACAAGGUGCCAAUUCGGCUAAUUCCUGCCUCGGUGAAUACAGCAUAUGAAAUGAUUCUCAGCCGAGUGCCAGAUGGCCAGGAACAAACGGCACGGAAGAUUUUGCAAAUAAUAGUUGCUGCGCGGCGUCCCCUGACCUUGGAGGAGAUGGCUAUGGCCUUGGGUAUAGCUAUCUCAUCCGACUCACAAGCUGCAAAUGAGGCUCGGUUAGAUCUGCAAGGGCUAGACAAAAAGAUACGGCACCUGUGUGGCCUGUUUGUCUAUAUAGCAGAUAAGAAGGUAUAUCUGAUUCACCAGACUGCUAGGGAAUUUCUCCUUUACAAUCAGCCUACAGCCAGCUCUCCAUAUCACUUCUCUUUGGACGAUGCCGAGAGUCAAAUGGCAGAGAUCUGUGUCCGAUAUCUAUUGAUGGAUGACAUAGAAGAUUCUAGAUCUCAACAAGAGCCCAACGCUCACAGUUUCCUUCGAUACGCGGCAGAGAACUGGGCUGAUCACGUUCGGAAUGCGUCGACUCUAUCAGGGUCAACACUGGUUGAUCUACUAUACAAAUUAUACGACACCACAGCAUCCCGAUUUCAACUUUGGUAUCCUUUAUUCUGGCAUGCAAACAUGCCCCAUGGAAAGCUCAAAGAAUCCCCUAAAAUGAGCGCAAUUCACCUGGCAGCUUUAAAUGGACAUAGUAACAUUCUCGAGAGACUGGUUACCGAAUCUACUAGCGGUAUAGGUGGACCAGAUGACACCGGCACAACUGCAUUGAUAUAUGCCUCAGCAAAUGGACAUGACGAUACUGUUAGUCUGCUUCUGUCGAAAGGAGCCGAUGUCGAAUACUUAGGUCCCAACACCGCGCUAUACUGGAGUCCUAUACAUGCUGCUUGCAUAAGAGGACAUGAGAAGGUCAUACACCUCCUAUUGCAAAAGAUAUCCCAUAUUAAUGGGGUGAAUCCAUUUCGUGGAGAUCCCUUGCCUGGUGCUGUCAAAAGAGGACGCGCGAAAAUCGCGGAAAUAUUAUUGGGAAAUGCAGGUUGUUCUCAUGGUUCGCAGGUUGCAUAUAUUGAGGAGGGCGGGGAUAUAGUACGAAUGCUGGCAGAGAGCGGUGCUGGACUUAGUGGCGAAAAUUACAUUAAUGUCCUGUUGAUUGCCGCUAUGACGGGACUUCAUGAUGUUGUUGAAAUGCUGUUGGAAAAAGAGGCAGAUAUGGAUUACAUGGAUACAGCUUAUCCGGGUGGAUAUAGGGAGAUCGUACAACUCCUGCUGUCAAGGGAGAUCCCGUAAGACAGGCAAAACGGUUAUUUUCAACGAUCUAGCAGACAGAUAUCUACCUGCUUCCCUGUAUCUAGGAUCCAUAGGGAGCGUGAAGGUGGAGAAAUUGUCAGAUCCCGCGGCUCCUACAGGGGGCGAGCUGCAAACCUGCUGAGUUCCGCUGCUGUGUCACCUAUACAAACCGGAUAGCAGCUGCAACGGGAUGCCACCUGCAUCGACCUGCAUAGAAUCAAUAAAGACGGGAGAAGAACCAUGGAUCAGUUUAAUUAGAUGUUCAGCUCAGCUCAGAAUAGCCGAG